CUCCUCUUUACAAAAACACAAACCAAACUAAAUAACAAAAUACCGUAAUUAACAUAAUGUGACACAUUAUUGUCCUCGUAAUAGUUAUAGAUAAGCUUAUAUUGUAAACAUAAUGGGUAAGCUUAUUGACAGAAGGACAAAUCAAUAGUACAGUGAUCUAAUUUUUGGUUUGGGUGUGGCAAGAGAAGAGAUAUAUCACUAGGCCGGCCAAAUAAGAGGCUAUGAAUGCCAGGCCGACGAAUAAAAUUUACAUUAUCUGCAAGUCAGCUGUAUAUUUCUUGCAAUAAAUACUCCAUUUUCGAUUUUGACGAUUGUAUAAAAAGAAUCGACAGAGACUCCAUCUCAUCAUUCGAUUAUAUUGAGAAAAGAAUGAAGUCCACUGUGUUGGCUGUUCUGGUGCUAGCCACCCUUAGCUCUAGCUACGGUGAAGACGAUGGCCAGUACCGUCCAGAGCUGUACGGUGGAGACGAUGGAAAAUAUCGUCCCAGUAAGGAGGGACUGUAUUACGACCCUUAUUAUAGGACGUACAAGAGCCUGCUCAUAAGAAAUGGAAAAUAUGAUCCGAUCUACACCGCAUACCAACCAGUUUACGUGAAGGCAUAUAAUCCUUAUCAGCAACUGUUGACACCUUUCGUAAAAUAUGGAGACCAAAACAGUUUGGAUCAAUAUCAUCUCACAUCGCCUGUUUCACCGGUAACAUACCGUCCUCCAGUCGUGCCUGUAGUAUCAGUGAACCCGAUUGUGUACUCAUCGACUCCGCAACCUGUCGUAUUUGCAUCCACCCGUAAGCCUGUGAUUGCAUCACCAGUUGAACCUUUCGCCUUCGCAUCAGCUCCUAAGCCAGUGUUUAGCUCGUCUAUUAAGCCUAUCAUAUAUUCUUCAACAGUCAAACCUCUUAUCCAUCCUGCGCCUGGAAAAUCUAUUUAUUCAUAUUCCCCCAUUUAUGCGAAAAAUUUUAAGGAUUACGAGGCAAAUGCUAGGAUAAUCAAACAGGAGAACGACAUUGAUCCAAAUGGAUAUCAUUACGCUUACGAAACCGAAAAUGGAAUUAAUGCUGAGGAAUCUGGUGUGGUUAGCUCUUCUGCAAGCGGCACUAAGCCACGAGGAUUUUUCGAGUAUAUUGGUGAUGAUGGUUUGAAGUACAGAGUUGAUUAUACUGCUGAUGAAAAUGGAUUUCACCCUAGUGGGACCCAUUUGCCUCAGUGAAGGCAGCUUCACGAUGACUACGUUUGCACUGACGACGAUAUUAAUUUAUGUUUAAUGAAAUAUUGAAAGCUUUAACAUUUAAUAAAAGAAGGCUAUUGAGUAUAAUUGACAAAAAAAACAAAAUAAAAAUUACUUUUUACUUUAAUGUUCCCCCUUACUUGGAAAAAAAUGCUUACAAAAAUGCGGUAAAUUAUAGGGUAAUACCACAAUAAUUUAAAAUUAUCUUCUUGCAAAUCUUUUUUAUUGAUUUAGUUACUCUUUUUACCAAAUUUUGGGUUUUACGAUCGUUUACCUGGAGUAAAUUCUGAUUUAACGAGAAUCGGCACCGCUGGGCAAAGGGUUACAAAAAUAAAAACUUUUAAAGAAAUGAAAAUAAACCACGCCGAUAUAACUAAAAAGCUAAAAAUAGUAAACCUUUUUAGAGUUCCGUAGUCCUGACAAGGAACCCUUAUAGUUUCGUCAUGUCCGUCUGUCCGUCCCCGGUAUUGCUUGGAGACUAUUAGCACCAGAGAUUUGUAAUUUUGUGGAGAUAUGUACAUCAAUCACGCAGACAAAAUAUUAUUUUUCCGGGUUUCUAGGGUUCCUAAGAUUAUUUUUCGAUUUAGGGAUCCGUUUGCGAAGCAUUGAGCUUUAAAUUGCUAAUUUUUGAUGGAGUGGGUCCCCUCCCCCCCUCUGAAAGCUAAACUUUUGGCUUGAAAAACCUGAAAUAUCAUGAGAAUAGUGCUUUUCAUGAACUUUUAAGAAAAAAUAUAACGGUUAAGAUAGAUUUGUUAGUUUAAGAUCAAUAGUAGUUCAACGUGGGUUAAAGAAAAUUUCUUACCUAUUGAAAAUUCUUUAGAAAGAAACAUAAAUAGUGUCGUAGUUGAAGUUAUUUUAGGGUAAAACCUAGCAUUGGCAACAGAAUCUAAAAAAAAACUUUUUAAAAACCACAAUAAAAUAUCAUUAGUUCUUAAACGCUACCGCGAGUACCAACGGCAACCAUUUUGAGUCGCGGUAACGAUACGUUUUUAUAAAAAGUAUAUAAGCACAUGAAAAGAUCGGCGGUUAUACCGCAUCAUGUCCUUCUCUGGGGAUGUUCGCUUUAGAUGAAGCUUUUAGUCAGAGUCUGACAUAACCUUGUAGCCUGCUGUAGGGUAUCCAUGAGGAUUUCACACCCGCUCCCCCGCCUGGUAGGAAACAAAAAAAAUCGGUGGUUAUCAUGCGUGUAAAAAAAUAGAUCACUUUCAAAAUAAAAAGAAAAAUCAAGAAGUUUAUUACGAUACCACAAUGGUUGUACACCAAUCCAGUGUGGGUUCCUACUAUUAAGUGUUUAACACCUGUACCAGAAGGAAUCACUCUUCUAGCAUAUUGAAUUGCAUGUGGAUUAGGCAUAUUGGGGAUACCACAUUGAAAAAAACGCGCCACUUAUUCUAACUCAAGAUGGUGUGGAAAUGAGUUUUUGGUCAAAGCGCUCGUUGGAGUACACUUUGCGGCGCUCGUACACCAAAACUAUUUACCUUAUGAAAAAAAAAGAUAGAUAUAUAAAUUGUAGGCCAUUGUCUCUAGUUUCAUUUUGUAUCAACUGUUUUUAUCGUAAAAUAAGUUGGAAAGGAGAUAUUGUUAAAGAACUGCUUUAAGGCGCCAUUUUUGCAAUAUGGCGGCGCGAGGUGGCAACGUCGAAAUUGGGUAAGAUAUAUAUAAAAUUACCAAUUUUUGAAACCCCCGGAAAAUUCUCCAGGUAAAAUUUCUAAAUGACUGUACUAUAAAGAUAAAAAACUUUAUUAUUUUUUGCUUUUUAGUUUUUUCGGCGGGUAAAUAUUUUUGUUCAAUCAUUUUAUUUAAAAAAAAUUGUGUAUAUAUUUUUUGUUAUAUACAACUCAGCAUCAAAAUCUGUGAGUAAACAUUUCCUUUCCCACCCUUGGAAAUUUAUCUGGGACCAAUGUCGAAGGAUACACUAUCAAAUUAAAAAUAAACAUAAAAAUCGGAGUACUUUGUAAACAUCAUCAUCUAUGACGGAGGUUUAAGAGGCUGAGUGGUAUUUAUGAUGGGUUUCAGGGUGUUGCUACUCGAGAGAUGCCUCGGGCUGGGAUGCCGGUGGGGCAAAUGUUAGUAUGAUGAAU